AUGAAAGUAUUUACUGUAAUUUUCUAUAAAUUAUUAUUUUAUUUAAUUUUAAAAUAUACACAAGCUACUGAACUAAAUCCCAAGGAGGCGUGUGAGAAUUUUUAUGCUUAUGCCUGCUGCAACUAUAGCCGUGAUAAUCCUGAUCCCAAUUACGGUGAAAUAAUACAAAAAUUAAAUUUUGAAAUGAAUAAACGAUUAAUGAAACAUUUACGCAACUCCUUGCAAUAUCAUGUUUAUAGUCGAAAGCAAACGUAUUAUGAUAAAAUGGGACUAUACUUGGAGUCUUGCAAAAGGGAAACUCAGAGAGAUUUAGGAAAAUAUUUUCAAGAAAUCAAACCCAGUAGGAAAUUAAAUUGGCCGUUAUUAGAUGAAAAUCAACAGCAAUGGUUGGUAACAGUUAAAGAUUUUGAUUUGUGGUCUCUAUUGGGACAGCUGCAAUCUUAUGGUUUGAAUAAUAUUAUAGUUAAUGUGGAAAUUGUAAGAAAUAAAGAUAACAAGCUUAAUAUAUGGCUAACACCAGCUGUCAUCGAAAAAGAGGAGGAGAGAUUGGUGGAGCAGGAAAUUUGGCGGGUAUUAUUAAAGACUUUGGGUAUACAGGAUAUAGAAACCAUUGUACAACAAUUGAUUAAAACCGAUUUGGAAUGGCAAAACCUAUUACUUAAGUAUACUCACAACACUGAGAUCCGAGUAACCACCUUGUCAAACAUUACUAAACUCUAUCCACAACUAAAUUUUCAACUUUAUUUUAAAAAUCUUCUAGAUAAAGAACUGCAUAAUCUGACAUAUAUUACUUUGGAAAAUACGCCAUAUUUUGAGCAUUUAAAUCAAAAACUAUGGACUGCGGAGGAACUGGAACAUCAGUGCAAUUAUAUAAUGUUAAAAUUUCUAUCAUACUUAGCCAAGGAUAGUACAAUGAGUUUCACACCCAUGGAAUGUAUAAAAGAUUUGCGACGAAAAUUUGAUUUGGCAGUAAACUAUAUAUUCUAUCACCAUCCCUUCUUUAUACAACAAACUAGUUCUCAAGUAACACUCUACAAACUAGUUCAUGAAAUUAAAGAAACUAUGGCAAAAUAUUUUCAAGAAAAUCAUUUAAAUUUUUCCCCACAGCAAAUCAAUUAUUUCCAUAAUAAAUUACAAGAAAUUUCUAUUAAUCAAGGAAAUUUGCCCAUGUCAGCUAACUAUACUACUAUCGAGAAAUUCUAUCAAGAUUUAAGGGAAUUGGAAGCAAAUAACUAUUAUAAAAAUCAUCUAUUACUAUUAAAACAUCGUUUUCGUAAAUCACUAUACUAUGCUCAACAUCUGACACAUUUCAUAGUUAACGACAAUCGUAUGGGUGCUGUAACAUCACCGUAUUAUGUGUCUCAACAGAAUAUGAUUGUUAUACCUCUUGGCAGUUUUGCAUUACCACUCUUUGACGUUGGACAAACACCUCUGCAACUGUUAUCAGUUUUUGGUUUUGUUUUGGCUCAUGAACUAACGCAUGCUUUUGAUACUAUUGGUUUAAAUUAUGAUAAACAAGAGUGUAUGCAACAUCAACAGCCUACUAAAGAAAUUGAUGAACGUAUUGCUGAUCUUUUCGCCAUAAGAGUUGUCUAUCGCACUUUUGUGGAAUAUUAUUCAAAAGCUGCUAAAGGUGAUUGGCGCAAAGAAUUCUUUAUGAAUUUGGCACAAUUUUUCUGUACCAAAGAUAGUGUAAAUUUCAUAGAUCAUGAUGCAGAUGAUGUACGUUUGAGACAAAUUUUAAUGAAUUUUCAACCAUUUUCGGAAGCCUUUGGUUGUGUGGAAGGAAGUCCUAUGAAUCCUAAAACUAAAUGCCGACUUUAUUAGGGAAUUGGGUUAAAUUUUUAAUAUUUUCGUAGUUGUAAAAUAAAUAAAGCAUUUUUAAACACUAUUGAUCACAUAAAGGUCCUAUAAGUUAUGAUUUGACUUAAUGAAAGCUUAA